AUGUACCAGCCGUUCCGACGACUGGAGCAACUUCUAGAAGGGGUAGACAAUUAUGCUGCAGCAUAUUCCCUCUUUCUUCAAUCGGGUGCUUCUCCACCAUCCCUUGCAGAUGACAUCCAUCGACUUGAGGCAAUGGAAAGAACAGAUUGCGCAACAAAUCUAGAGGAGGAACAAGUAGCUGAGGAGAGUAACCAGAUUGUAUCAAGCACAGUGCAGGAUUGGAUGCUGCUAUGCCAGCACGCACCUCAGUUUUUAAAUUUAGUCGAUGAGAGAAGACAUGUUGACUGGUCACUAGCUGCCAAAACUUAUGAAAAUCUUGACAAAAUGCCACACUUUAUCGCUCAACACCGCCAGUUUUACGUGCCUCAACAUACAAACACGGUCGCUGAUCCUGAGCGUCUUCAAGGCAACCAGCUUCAUGCUUACAACAUUGUCCGUGAGCAUUUUGAAAAUGGAUCAUCAUGCAAGCAGCCGCUCAGAAUUAUUGUCUCUGGUACAGCUGGAACUGGAAAGUCAUACCUCAUUCAGUGCUUGAAACGUCUUCUGGGAAACGGCCUUCGUGUCGCAGCCCCUACUGGAGUAGCUGCAUUCAAUGUGGAUGGCUACACCCUCCACGCUCUGUUAGGGCUUCCCAUCAAAGGAGAUUUUAAAGAGCUCGAGAGCAACCGCCUUCGAAACAUCCAAGAAUCACUGGCAGCUGUAGAAUACAUCAUCAUUGAUGAGAUGUCCAUGGUAGGCAGAAAGCUUUUUGGUCAAGUAGACAGACGCUUGCGUCAGGUGUUUCCCCACAGAGCAGCUGAACUUUUCGGUGGAUGCUCCUGCUUACUUAUUGGUGACUGGGGUCAGUUACCUCCUGUCAUGGAUCUGCCUCUAUACACUACAGAGUCUCGAACAGAACUGUCUGAUCUUGGAAGUGCCAACUAUCGUAUGUUCGAUUGUGCCAUUGUACUAGAUCAAGUGAUGAGGCAGGCUGGACUAGAUUCCGAUCAACAAAUUUUCCGCAACCUGCUUCUCCGUUUGAGAAAUGCUGAGUCAACCAUUGAUGAUUGGAGACAUCUCAUGAGACAGACGCCAGCUGAAGUGGAAGACAUUGCACCGUUUACUGGUGCCCUGCAUCUAUACACCACUACCGAAGCUGUUGCCGAGCACAAUAACAGCAAGCUGCGUGCGAGUGACUACCCGGUAGCCACAAUCAAGGCUCUCAAUUCAGGUGCAGAUACAUGCAAGGCCUCGGCUGAUGAUGCAGGUGGAUUGGAGCCGAUUGUCUGCAUUGCUCAUGCAGCCCGUGUCAUGCUUACUGCCAAUUUAUGGGUUGAAGUUGGCUUGGUAAAUGGCGCCAUUGGCACAGUAGUUGCAAUAUGUUAUAUGGAUGGCCAGAAUCCGCCGCAAUUGCCUGUAGCAGUAACCGUAAAAUUUGACAACUACACAGGUCCUACUCUCCCAGACGGCACUGUCCCCAUCACUCCACUUCGUCGCAGCUGGUUCUCAACCAGCCAACAGUGUUCUCGCCUUCAGCUGCCUCUUAAGCUAGCCUGGGCUAUCACCAUUCAUAAGGCCCAAGGUAUGACAAUCAAUAAAGUAGUCAUCGAUGUGGGAAAAAGGGAAUUUGCUUCUGGGUUGACAUUUGUGGCAUGUUCACGUGUUCGUCGCCUCAACGACUUGCUAUUUGUUCCUCCCUUUCCAUUUCAACGAAUAGCCACCUCUAGCAAGAGCAGUCGCCUCAAUGACAGGUUGAAGGAAGAUGCUAGGCUGCAACAGCUGAGUGCUACUUCAGCAAAUCGAGCAAUUGUAUUGUAAUGCUGUAGCAAGGAGAGCACCAAAGGUGGGGCAAAAGGCAGAAAAACAUUGUGUAACCACACUUAAUCGCUCUGGUACUGUAUCCUCGCGGUGCACAACCGCUCAGGAAAUAUAGCGUCGUUGGCUGCGCAGCAAUGAAAGAUGUUCUUACUGCGCAUGAUCAGCUACAGUGCGUUUGAAAUUUUUGACUUAGCUUACGAAAGAAAGUUUGCACAGAGUCGGCAAAAAAUCUCUCGGUCUUUCGGUUAUGACCGUCGUGGGUUUAGCUGGGUGUAUGU